AUAUCACAUUGCUUGAUCAGAAGAACAUUUUUUGGAUAUUCCCUAACUAAGGCAGGUUCUGGCCUGGUCCAGCAGACUAAAGAUGUUGGUUUGAGGUUCUGUAGGCCACGAAGUUCUACAACAGCUGCUGACGCAUCUGGAGAGGACGUCUUACUCAAAUGGGGCCUUUUCCUGGUCCCUCUGACCACGUUCUCUCUUGGCACAUGGCAGGUUCAGCGACGAAAGUGGAAAUUAGAUUUGAUUGCGCAACUGGCAUCAAGAAUUACAGCAGAGCCCAUCCCUCUGACAUUAGAUCCCAUGGAAUUGAAGGAAUUGGAGUACAGACCAGUAAAAGUCAGAGGGCAUUUUGACCACUCCAAGGAGCUCUAUAUUUUGCCACGGUCACUUGUGGACCCUGAGCGAGAAGCCAGAGAAGCUGGGCAGCUGACAUCCCACCCGGAAAAUGGAGCAAACGUCAUUACUCCUUUCUACUGCACAGAGCUAGGGGUCACGAUUUUAGUCAACCGAGGAUUUGUGCCCAAAAAGAAAUUGAAACCGGAGACCAGGCUGAAGGGACAGAUUGAAGAUGAAAUUGAUCUCACUGGGGUGGUGAGGUUAUCAGAAACCCGGAAACCUUUUGUGCCUGAAAAUAACAUUGAGAAAAACCGCUGGCACUACCGUGACCUGGAGGCUAUGGCAAAGGUGUCCGGCGCUGAGCCCAUCUUUAUUGAUGCAGAUUUCAGAAGCACAGUCCCAGGGGGACCCAUCGGAGGCCAGACAAGAGUGAGCUUGAGAAAUGAGCACAUGCAGUACAUCAUCACCUGGUAUGGCUUAUGUGCUGCAACUUCAUUCUUGUGGUACAGAAAAUUUAUACAAAAGAUACCUCUGUAAGGGCAA